AUGGCCAAGUUUGGCUUGAGUGAUUCCGACUCGUCCGACGAGGACUAUGACACGAGCCAAGAUGGCCAGCAACACCACCGAGCUUCAACGAGCGCGUCUCCUCGACCGAGUGCGAGCAGCAGCCAAACACUCGAGCAAGACGACGGCGAUCAGGACGAUGCACCGCCACCUAGCUCAUCUCUGAACGAUGAGCAGGGCAUGGACGAGCACGAUGAGGAGGAUCAACUCCCAGGACAAAGAGCAAGGGCUCGUCGAUCAACGCGCGAAACGAGCUUCCUCUCGACCACCUCUAUAUCCUCCCGACCCCACCACGACGACGACGACGACGACGACGACGACGAUGAUGCCAGGUCCACAUCGACCGCUUCCCUCACCCCUCGCAAACGACCCGUCCCCGCCAGCAGGACCCUCCCCACGACUGCGACUGCGACGAACAAAACGUGGUCCACCAACCUUCGUCUUGAACCCAAGAGGGUCGCCGUCAUGCAGGCUAGCUUCUUUCAACAGCAAGCAUCUCCCGUAGCGGCCGAGCAACAGGCGCCAACCAAGAAGGAUCACUCGACGUGGACCAUUCGAGGCUCUGCUGCCGCGGCGUCUACCCCUCCAAAGGUACAUCAUCACGCUCCAUACCCAAACAUUGUCCAUCUCACUGAUCAAUCAGGCAUCACAGGCUACCACGGCAAGCACGUUCAAGGCUGCCCCUGCCCCCGCCCCCGCACUGGCCCCGUCCCCAUCCGUCGUGCCCACACCCGCGAUCGACCCCUCCCCCUUCCGACCCUACCGCAAAUACACCCGCGUACCUCUCGACCGAUCCAUCACCAAAGGUAAAGAAGGCAACCUCGUCGAUUUGGGUCUUGCGCUCGGUCGAUCGUUCAGAGUAGGGUGGAGCCCGACAGGUCAGAUCGUUCAUCUGGGUCGCGGGAAGCUUUAUCGAGGCGAGAAUGUCGACAAGAGUGAUGCGCUCAAAGUGGACAGAUUAAAGACGAGUUCGGUCAGUUAUUAUUUACGACACACGCUUGUGAAUUACGGAAACUGACUGAGUAACCGACGUCUUGACAGUCGACGGACAUGCGUUCGGCCGUACGGCUCCUCGAGGUCCAACUCGUACAUACACCGAUAUACUCGAACCCCGUCGACUCCAGCAACGAUGACCCAUCAUCCUCCAUCCCGUUCGCCGUACCUCAUCCCGAACUGCGCUUCACCCAUUUCGUGAACGAGUUCCCUAGUUCGGAUCGAUCGGCCGAAGCGAACUUGUGGAGAUUGGGACAGGCCUUGUUCGAUGAGAUUCAGGAUUUGGCCAUUCCGGAGAACGUCGUCGUGGACGAUCCGAGCGUGCAGGCGUAUGUCGAGAGGUUGAGGAGGACCGAUAGGUUCGAGAGGUGGUUGAGGGAGGUCGUCAGAGGGGAGGUGGAGGAUGAUUUGAGGAACGUCGGUGGGGAUGGGUUGGGCGCGUCUUCUGAAGAGGCGGACGAGGCCAAGAGAAUAUUCGCGUUGCUCAGUGGACACCAGGUCGAACGCGCUUGUCAGGCCGCAGUCCAAGCCGGCGAUCUUAGGUUGGCGACGUUGUUGGCUCAAGCGGGCGGAGACGACGAGUUCCGACGAGAUAUGUUCCUCCAACUCGUCAAAUGGAGGGAAUACAGAGUCGACUCGCACAUUCUACCCGAGUAUCGCAAGAUUUACGAACUUCUCUGCGGGAAUGUGGGCCUGUCCGAAGGGAGGACGGGGAAGGAUGGUGAUUCGGUCGUCGAUGGAGUUGAGGAGGUGCAUGUGGCGCAAGGGUUGGGGUGGAAGAGGGCUUUUGGGUUGAGUCUCUGGUACGCGACGUUCAGGUCCUCGAUCGAGACCGCUAUGGAGUCGUACGAAAGCGCCUUUCAAGAGGAUCCAAGAGUCGCAAAACCCGAACCGGAGUAUAUCGCUACGCCUACACGCUCGCCGGAGAAACGACCGGAAUGGAGCAAUCGAUCAGGCGAGACACCGUCGGACCCUCUGUAUCAACUGCUCAAGUUGUACACUUUGUCGACGCACCCUUUGGAACAGGUCUUGUUGCCGAUCAACUUUGGCACCUGUCCAUUGGACUAUCGGCUUCCUUGGCAUCUCUACAUUCUCCUCUCGCGCGUCUUGAGGAGGAGAGAUUUCGAGGAUCGAGUUCAAGUCGUCGAUUUCGAGGAUAGGGGAAUGGAUGAUGGCGACGAUGGGAGGGGGUUCUUGGAGGGGAAUAGCGUCAGGGCGGAUUUGAUGACCGAGGCGUAUGCGAACCAGUUGGAGAUGAAUGGUGAAUGGACGUGGAGCGCUUUCGUGUUGCUGCAUUUGGAGCUGCCGAUCGCGUGAGUUGCUCUACUGGGUAACCGUAUCUGGUGUCCUCGGAGACGACUGACAAGUCUUUCUCAUCUCAAACAGUCGAGCCAAAGCCCUCCAAGCCCUCCUAUCCCGUUCGACCCACCUUCUCACCUCGGACACUUUCACCUUCCUCACCGAAAAACUUCGCAUCCCCUUCGAAUGGAUAUAUCAUGCCCAAGCCCUAGCCGCACCCGAUCGCUUCGAGAAAUUCGGACUGCAUCUACUGGCGAGGGAAUGGAAUGAGGCGCAUCGGUUGCUGAAGGAGCAGUUGGGACCGGAGGCGGUGUUGAGGGGGGAUUUGGGGUUGUUGAGGAGGCUCGGUGGGAGGUUCGAGGAGGAGCAGGGGUGGAGGAAGGUGGAGGGGUGGGAAGAGGGGGCGGGCUUGUUGAAGGAGUAUGCGGAGGUCGUGGAGGGGGAGAAGAGGUGGUUGGAGAGGGUUAGGGAAGGUGCGCAUGCGGAGGAGGCGGAGUUGGAGGAGAGAGGGAGAAAGGUUAGGAGCUUGUUGGAGACGAUUGCGAGGCUGGGGGAUGAGGACGUGAGGUCGCGGAAAACGAAGAUUGCUAGGGACGAGAUGAUGAGUCGCUUGACGCUGAUUGCGACGAGGGUCAAUGGGGUCGGUCUUCUCGCGAAACCUUCACGCUGCCGGUCUUUUCAGGUGAAUUUCAUGCUGAUUUGCCGCUUUUCUUAUUUUUCGCUCAUUCAGGCCCUCAACAAGAUCCAACCCAAGAUGUUGCAAGAGUCGGAUCGAUUAGUCUGGAUCCGAGGCGCCGCAGACAGCUUUUUGACGCAGUCAUUACAAGCAGCUUGUUCGUGA